CCAUCUUCCCCUCAAUACAUUUCAUUCUCUACAAACACCACCACCACCUGAUCUUGAUCUUCAAUGGCCAUGGCUACUCAAGCUUCCCUCUUCACCCCAACCCUCUCCAACCCAUUCAACCAAUCCUCCUUCACCACCCCUAACCACACCCACCUCAAACCCACCACCCGCACCACCUUCACCAUCAAAGCCACCGCAGCCGAAGGCUCACCCACCCCCACUCCCGCCCCAGUCAAAGAAGCCCCAGCCGGGUUCACCCCACCCGAACUCGACCCAAACACCCCCUCCCCCAUCUUCGCCGGAUCCACCGGCGGUUUACUCCGAAAAGCCCAAGUGGAAGAGUUCUACGUCAUCACAUGGGAGUCUCCGAAGGAGCAAAUCUUUGAGAUGCCGACAGGCGGCGCCGCUAUUAUGAGAGAGGGGCCCAACUUGUUGAAGUUGGCUAGGAAAGAACAGUGUUUGGCUCUUGGUACUAGGUUGAGGUCCAAGUACAAGAUUAAGUAUCAGUUUUAUAGGGUGUUUCCGAAUGGUGAGGUGCAGUAUUUGCACCCUAAAGAUGGGGUUUACCCUGAGAAGGUGAACCCUGGGCGUCAAGGUGUGGGCCAGAACAUGAGGUCCAUUGGGAAGAAUGUUAGCCCCAUUGAAGUUAAGUUCACUGGCAAGCAGCCUUAUGAUAUAUGAUCAUGACAUGAUGAUGUUAUGGGUUUGUGAUUAUGUAAUUUGUUUCGUGAUUAUAAACAAAUGUUUUUUUUUUAUAUUUCAUGUUGCAUGUGUGUUCUUGGUUUGUUUGAUACUUGAUAGAUACCAUGAUGGGAUUAUCUUAUUAUAUGUUUCUUUCA